UUCCUUCUUCCACUUAAUUACCAUUAUUUUUUUUUCCUCUUUUUUCUUUCAUUAAAUAUAAAAAUCUGAGGUGAUGAAUGAUUACAUGAUGAUUUUUUAGACCAGACGCAUCAGUCUCAAGCACCCCUUUUCUUCUAUCUUCUAUCUUCUUUCUUCUUUGAAUUUUAUCAGAAGCAAUCAUAUUAGAACUGAUGUCUGGUUUGUAUAAUAAUCAGAUUUCAUCUCAUUCAUCAAUAAGAGCCAAUUCACCAAAUAUAAACAUGAGGAACAAUUUUGAUCUUGAUAGCAGUCAAUACUUAGCUGAGUUGCUAGCAGAACACCAGAAGCUUGGACCCUUUGUGCAAGUCCUUCCCUUCUGUAGCAGACUCUUAAAUCAAGAGAUUCUAAAGGUUUCUGGAAAGAAUAAUGGAUUAUUGAUGCAGAACCAAGGAAUUAGUAGUGAAUAUGAAAACAGAAUAAUGCAGUUUGGAAGCCACAAACCAACAACUCUUGUGGCUUCUUCAGACAUGUCACCAAACUUCACUGGUUGGAACAGCCUGUCACAUGAAAUGUUAGGUGGAGGACAAGGACUAAAUAAUAAUGUUGAUUGGCAAACAGCACCACUUGUCUCAAGUCCUCACAUUGUGAAGAAGAUUUUACGCUUAGAUAUUCCUAGUGAUAGCUAUCCAAAUUUCAAUUUUGUUGGGAGACUGCUUGGUCCGAGGGGCAAUUCACUCAAGAGAGUGGAAGCUACCACAGGUUGCCGUGUAUAUAUCAGAGGGAAAGGUUCAAUCAAAGAUCUAGACAAGGAAGAGUUGUUAAGGGGUAGGCCAGGGUAUGAGCACCUGAAUGAACCUCUACACGUUUUGAUUGAAGCAGAACUACCUCCCAACAUUGUUGAUCUAAGGCUCAGGCAAGCACAAGAAAUCUUACAAGAGCUACUUAAACCUGUUGAUGAGUCACAAGACUUGUACAAGAGGCAACAACUAAGAGAACUUGCUAUGCUCAAUUCCAAUUUUAGAGAAGAUAGCCCUCAACUGAGUGGUAGUGUUUCUCCAUUCACUUCUAAUGAAAUUAAAAGGGCCAAACUUGACCAAUAAUGGCUUCUGGUUAUAUCUAAAAAGCAAAAUUAUUGCUGCAUUUUGAGCCAAAAAAAUUGUGUAAAAGGGUAUGUUAAAAAUGUGUAGAAGGCCUUGCUUAAGCUCAUUUGGUGGAUCAAAAUUAAAAAGAAAAAAAAAAGAAAAAAGGAAAAAGUCUAGAGAUGGAACCAGAAGGUGCCCUAUGAACACAAUUAUAUUACCUCAUAGUUAGUUACUUAUAUAUUAAAAGAAAAUGGGUCUCGGCUUUUUAUGAAUCUGCAAUUUAUAUUUUGUGUAUGUAGAAUAUGGGUAAUUAAAUUGUGUCUAUUUUAUUCAUUGUCAUAGUUAAUUGCAUCAUUAGCCUUGCAACUCUAGCAUAGUUUUAAUUAAGUACUAUCUAUUUUGAACAAUUCAAAUAUGUAAUGUGUAUAAUAAAUAUGAAAUUUGGGAUCAUGUAAAAUGUUAUAUUGGAUGAUAGCAUGGGAAAGAAGAGGUUCAUGUGUACUUUA